AUGUUUACAGUGGGGAAAACAGCUCUGCGACCGGCUGCUCGCAAUUGUGUAUCCGCUCUCAAAAUACACCAACACAGGGCCUUCAAUUCUACCCUUACCGCAAACCAGUCCUCAUCCAAAGGUUUCAAUUUCAUCCACUUUAUUGUCAUUGGAUCGUUCUCAGUCGGCACUCUCUCGGCUUUGACACUGUCGACCAAGCUUCGCAACGACGACACGAAAAUGGCCACCAAAGUCGAAGGCUCGCAACCUUUUAAGGAAAACCAGUGGCAGAAGGAUUUAGAAACCCAGCCGCAGAAUAGUCUAAAACCCGAUCAAAACCAACCAACUUUUGAAUUAGGAUUAUACGAGGCGUCACAGAAGGAGAAACAAGAGAUCCAAGAGAAGUAUAGGAGAGAAAAGCGGCAGAGAAAAUUUACCGGCUGGAUCUUCCGGGUGGGGUUUGUUUUACAAGAUUGGCUCUAUGAACCAAUAGUUACCUUUGGGAGGUUUUUGCACCUUUCAGUUAUCUUUGUCCCAGUAUUUACGCUGUAUCCAAUCACAUUUUUUGGGAAGACAAACAAGUUGGGAGAACGAUCUGGUGCCGUCUUAUGGUACAAGCUAUUGAGAAUAGCUGCAGAGUUGGGCGGUGCAUCCUUCAUUAAAUUGGGACAAUGGGCUGCUUCACGUACAGACAUUUUUUCAAAGGGGCUCUGCAUUGAAUUGUCUAAACUUCAUAGUAAUUCCAAGGAACAUAGUUUUAGACAAACAAAGAAAAUCUUAAAUGAAGCGUUCCAUGGUAUAGAUUUCAAUGAAGUUUUCGAUGAAUUCCCCGAGUCACCAAUAGGUUGUGGCGCAAUAGCCCAAGUUUAUCUUGCAAAAAUGAACAAAAGAUUUGUCAAGUCUGACAAUGAACACGAUAGAUUAGUUGCUGUCAAAGUUGUCCAUCCUAGAGUGGAGAAAAACAUCUCAAGGGAUUUGAAAAUCAUGUCAUUUUUCGCAAAUUUGAUAGAUUGCAUACCAACGAUGGAAUGGUUGAGUUUGCCACAAGAAGUUGAACAAUUCUCCAUAUUGAUGAAUUUACAGCUAGACUUAAGAAUCGAAAGUUAUAAUUUGAAUAAAUUUAGAGAAAAGUUUGCCGAUUCAACCGACGUUAUGUUUCCCAAACCUAGGUAUAGUUCAAGGAAGGUUUUGAUUGAAGAUAGAAUUUACGGUGUUAGCAUGAAUGACAUUCUAAAAGUCAAACAUACCAACCAUGAUAAAAUGCUGAAGUACAUCAGUGAUAGACUGAUUGACUCUUUUUUGAAAAUGAUGAUUUUGGAUAAUUUCACCCAUGCCGACUUACACCCUGGUAACAUCUUUGUCAAAUUUAUAAAAGCAGACAAAAAUCAUAAAGUCCCCCUGAACACGAACGAAUUUGAAGUUGAUAGAUUGUCUAGCCAACUGAACCAAAUGCAAACCCCUGAAUUGAGCAAGACAUUGACUCAACUAUUGCGAGAGGGUUAUGUCCCACAGUUAUGUUUUAUUGAUGCAGGAUUGGUUACUGAAUUAGAUGACAGAAAUAGAUUCAAUUUCAUUUCCUUGUUUAAUGCGUUGGCACAGUUUGAUGGUUACAAGGCAGGUGAGUUGAUGAUUGAGCGCUCAAAAACUCCAGAAACUGCAGUAAACACAGAAGUGUUCAAAUUGAAAGUUGAGAGAUUAGUUAGCAAAGUCAAGGAAAGAACAUUUACGUUGGGGACCGUCUCAAUUGGAGAUUUAUUGGACUCCAUGUUGGGUAUGGUAAGAUCUCAUCAUGUCCGAAUGGAAGGUGACUUUGUGAGUAUUGUUGUGGCUAUCUUGAUUCUUGAAGGCAUUUGUAGACAACUUGAUCCUGAAAUAGACUUAUUUGCAAGAUCAAUACCUAUUUUACGACAAAUCAGUUUCCAAGAGGGCAAGUUGAUCCUCAAAGACAUGAACCACCUUUCCAUGAUCAAGGUAUGGUUAACUCUUGAGGCCAGACAGUUUGUGAAUGCCUCUGUAAGUGACAUCCACAGACUAGUUAAAUGUGACGGUCUAGCCCCUAAUUACUGA